AUGUCUGGAUUGCAGCGUGGGAUGAGUUCCUCUGAAUUGACACCCUUUCCGAACUUAGAUACAACUUCUAUGCUUUGGAAUGAAACAAAGUCGACGAGCUUUAGACAACAAAAUUGGACGAUCUGGGAAGGUGGGCUACUUCUUCUAGUCGUAGACUGGUACUGUGGGGGAGAAUCUGUUGCAUCACAGAGUUCGGUACUUUGGGUUGGAAACGGAGAUCGAAUUGCAGUUCGAAGUGUCUUCCGUAAAUGGGCAGUAUUUCUUAAUAAUGAGGUCAACGGAUUGGAACCUUCAAUAAUUCUAACACAAGGUCGGGAAUAUCCCAUUCGCCAGAUCGAAUGUUGUUGGCGAAAGUUCACAUCAGUCAAAUUUCGAAAAACUGCCGUCGCUGCAUUACUUCAACAGAUUUUACCGCUGACAGAGACACUGGAAGCCGAGUUUGAUGUUAAAAUAUGUUAUAUAAAACAUGAUAAACUGCCAGGGCUUCAUAAUCAAACCUACAGCGUACAUGUGAAUGAUGGAACCUGGGGACAAUAUGAAAUAAAGUUUCCAGCUUUAUCCUCGAAUACCGGCCCUGCUUUGCAAGUGUGGGAAGAACUAGCUGAGAAGAGAAAGGAGAGGGAGAGACUAUAUCAUCUAGCCCUACGACAAACGAAUCACGUUCUCGGACUUGGUUUACCAGUGGUAGAUCUGUGGGACCCAGGCCUGCAACAAGUAUUCGGAUCAAUGAGAAGAGAAAUGUAA